CAAGGCGCAGCUCUCGCCUCCACCCUCAGCCAAAGAUAAAGAAGAAAGAAGAAAAGUCAUGCGCUGAUUCACACUACAUUUACAAAGCAAUAGACUUUUAGUCUUAAUUUUCCAACCCUCUUGUUGCAGUGGCUGAUUUUCCUUCAAUGGCAUUUCAUAAGGAAGAUAGCCAGGAGGACGCGCGAGAGUGUCCAGUGUGCUACGAGUGUCUGUCGGGCACAGAGAGGACUCUGAGCUGCGGACAUAUAUUCUGCCACGACUGUCUGGUCAAAACGCUGGUCAGCAUCAACAGCAGCACUCUCAGAGACACUAUUGUGUGUCCUAUCUGCCGACAUCUUACAUUCAUCGAGAAACAAAAGGAAGCGCUCGUGGCGGACAAGGAUCCAGAUGAAGUGCAGACCCUGGAGGUGCCUCUCCCGCCACCGAGACAGCUCCAGAGCGCACGGCGCCACUUCACGGACCGUUUACCGAGGGAAGUUAAUUGUAUUGCUCGCUGCUUUAGGGGAAUGUCUGAAGGAAUUCGUCGACAUAGGUUGAUUAGCCCCAGCCAUAACGCAUCUCAGAUCUUUAUCAUAAGCACUCAGGGGCGACCCAUGGCUGAAGACGAUGCGCUCAGUGUCGUGAUGACUGUGGUUCAACCCCAGCGCAGGCGAAGGCGCAGGAUUUGCACAACCGCACGAUGCCUGCUUGUUUUGCUGUCAGCAUUUACUAUACUGGCACUGGUGGCUGCAACUUUACCCUGGGUUUUGUUGGCAUAGCCCAGUGAUGUGGAUGUGGAUUAUGAAGUGCCAAUAGGAAAUGAUAAAGUGACAUUAUAGGAAACAUCGUCCCAUCCAUGGAAUUAAGUUUAUACCAGUUAGCCUAUGCGAUUUGUGAAUUAAUUUAUUUGUCUCACUGAUAAAAAUAAUCUAAUGCAUUUUAGUAAAUAAUCGAUAAACUGAAAAUGUACAAUUUAGUCAAUAUGUUAAACAAGGCAGUUUGAAACAUGGUUUUAAGAUGUGAUUAGGUACAGGGCCAGCCCAAGACUUUUGGGGGCCCUAAGCAGGAUUUGGUUUGGGGACUUUCCACAUUGUAAUGUUUUGCCACUGUACUUGGCACUAAUCCAACGUGUAUAUUGUAAAUAUUAGUUUAAACACUCAUAAUGUGCAAAUAAGCAUUUAAAGACUAAUGUGGGACCAAUUAGCAGCAAUUAAUCUUUAAAUCUGUUAUAAGCUCAAUUGUGAGACAUUUCAAGCGCUCUUGGGGGCCCUCUGGUAGCCACGGGGCCCUAAGCAGCCGCUUACUUCGCUUAUGCGUCGGGCCGGCUCUGAUAGGUAUUGUAAGUUCCUUCCUAGGCAUGUGCAUGUCCUUUAUGUGCAUUACCAAGCAACAGUCUUAAGUAAAGUAAAGGUUAAAGCCUUGACAGUUUAGUCCUUUGUUUUGCAUCCCUGUCUGUGGCAUGUUCUACUGUUUUAUGAAAAGGAAACAUGACAAUUUCAAAGCACACCCAAAAGUUUGUAAAUCCAACAAGAGUGGACUUUUGAAAUUAUAAUUUCAAACAAUAA